UUGAAAUACUAAAUUAAUAUUCUUGUGCUUGUUAGCUACCACAAUGGGAAGAGUACCUUGUUGUGACAAGAAUAAUGGACUCAAGAAAGGUCCAUGGACACCAGAGGAAGAUCUCAAGCUUGUCCACUACAUCCAGAAACAUGGACCUGGAAACUGGAGAUCCCUCCCCAAGAAUGCCGGUCUGCAAAGAUGUGGCAAGAGUUGCCGCCUUAGAUGGACAAAUUACCUAAGACCUGAUAUCAAGAGAGGAAGAUUCUCCUUUGAAGAAGAAGAAACCAUCAUUCAGCUUCACAGCUUCAUGGGGAACAAGUGGUCCGCUAUAGCUGCGCGAUUGCCAGGAAGAACGGACAAUGAGAUAAAGAACUACUGGAACACACACAUAAGGAAAAGGCUGCUAAGAAUGGGGAUUGAUCCGGUUACUCAUGCGCCGCGACUUGAUCUACUGGACAUGUCCUCUGUAUUAAGAUCAGCUUUAGGGAACCCCUCAUCAAUUCUGAAUCUGCAAGGCUUGUUGGUCAACCCUGAAUUGCUGAAGCUUGUAGCCACUGCAUCCCUAUUAUCUCAUCAGACACAGAAUCUACCACAACUGAUCAAUGCUGGGGCGAAUUCCGAUUCUCAACAACUACUGAAUCAUCAGUUUCAGAUACCAAAUCAAACCACCAAUGUGAUUGACUUGGUGAGUAAUAAUUCAUUUGCUACUACUCCUUCUUCAUAUCUUGGGGAGAAUUUGAAUGUGUCUCAGCAAAACCAAGUUGAUUUGUUAGAGAAUGAAUUGUUACAGUACAUAAACAAUGGUAGUAGUGAUCAAAACAUGGGGUAUGAAUCGGUUAUGUCAACGCCUCUUUCGACCCCAACAACAACGCCUUUGACUUCAUCAUCAACUUAUGUGAAUAGCAGCAACAUAGAACAGGAAGAGAGGGACACCUAUUGCAGUGAGGUUUUCAAAUUAGAGAUUCCAGAGAGUCUUGAUAUUAAUGACUUCUUGUAAAUAUAUAUCUACUUUAAAGUAGUUUGCAAUUUUCUUUUUCCUUUUGUUGUAAUAUUUGA